UGCAGAGGCUGGUCAAAUCCAGAGGGAAGUCCCAAGCAAGCAUCUGAACGUACAGCUGUGGCAGCUGAAAAACUGGCCCAGUGUCCUCCGGAGAUGUUUGACAUCAUCCUGGAUGAGAACCAGUUGGAGGAUGCGUGUGAACACUUAGCUGAGUAUCUGGAGGCCUACUGGAAGGCCACCCACACCUCCAUGGCCACGCCGCUCAACCCCCUGCUGGGACGCAACCUGGGCCCCACCGCCCUCACUCCUUACCCCACCACCAUCUCUGGACUGCAGGAGGUGAACCAGCAGACUCAAAGAAUGAGACAACACAGCAACCACACGGGAGACCACUCYACGCCCAACGAGCGUCGCAACCUGAUGACCGCCGACGAGAACUACCACAACGAGCGGGCGCACAAGGGACGCAACCGCAUGUCGUCGGGCUCGCAGCACAGCCGAGACCAAGACCCGUACCACCAGGACUACCAGGACCCCUACCAAGACUCCUACAAGCCCCACCGCAACCGCUCCUCCCCGGGCAGCUACAGCCACGACUCCCGGCACAGGCUUUGAGCCCGAAUGACGUCCCAGCUUCACAACMCUUAUAGGCCUCAAGUCAACUCUCUGGUGGCAACAGAGUCAAAAUGGUUCCCGUUCAAAAUAUUGUGUCAAAUUCUGUUGUUUUCGAUUAUUUGUUUUACUUCAGGCGUUAGAUGAGGAGUAGUCCCGCCCCMCUGAACAAAAUCUCCAAUCACCUCUCAUUCCCAUUCUGUCUUGCCUGKGCACUGGCAGGGACCYCUGUUAAGCAAUGAUGAGGAAGGAUGAGGAAGAAGGACAUGAUGCUAAUGCUACAUAACUGAGUUAAUACAACUCAUAUGACUGAGUUGCUUUUCCUCACAAGGGGACUUUCCUAGUUCCUGUGUUUCCCACACAGAUAGAUGGGGGAAGAAGGAAAGCAGUAAGAGAUAUUGUGGGCUCAGAAUUGUGUACCCACAAUCCCCCCCAUGAGUCGCCAUAGCAAGUGGUGGAGUCACUGCUGAAAGCUGUAGUCUUACCAAGAGUCCCCAGACCGUUCAGUUGUUUGCAUGCUGACUGAGAGAGUUUCGCUAGUAUCGUCAAUAUAUUCACUUACAGUACAUGUCUGUUGUCAUGAGAGUUGAUACUUAGACCUGCCCCACCAUGACUGGCAGUGGUCUUUUUCCAGACCUCAACUGAUUCCUGAGAGGAGCAUGUGGAGUAUUUGGUUGUUUUGUAACAAGUGCUUUCACAUGUCAGAUACUGUAUGUGCCAUUUGAACACCUGUCUAGCUUGCCUUUCUUCGGCAACAGUCGAUACUUUGCAUAUCUCAGUAUUUUUCGCUACUCUGAUUCGGUUGUGUCAGACUCAUAGAGGUAUUAUAACAAGAAGCAGGGUGGUCAAACAAUCAGAGUUCGCCUCAUCUCUGGCCAGCCUCGUGAUUGGUUGACCGUCCAUCUGCUUCCUGUGUUUCUCUUGGCCAGCCUCGUGAUUGGUUGACCGUCCAUGCUACUUCCUGUGUUUCUCUCUGGCCAGCCUCGUGAUUGGACGACCGUCCAUGCUGCUCCACUAACGUUGGAUUGUGUCUUCCCAGGUCCUUUGCAUCAUGAUCAUUGAUUCUCUGUGUAGCUGGCAUGUUUCCUGACUUGAAAAAGUAAUGCUCCCUUUGGUAGUAAUAUCCCUGUGUAAAAUAGAGUGUUUAAGGAGGGAGAGCACACAUUGGUGCAAAAUAGGUGCAGUCUAAUUACUUGAGAGUGCGUCAUCUGAACUUUUGUUGGUAUUUAAAUACAUGAACAUGGAAAUGGAAGAAAUUAAUUGGUCAGUUUAUUUCUAGCAACAAUUUUUCUUCAGUAAUUGUGGGUUUUUGAGUUUUCGAUGAGAUGAGAAGCAUGCAGUUGUACCCAAGGGGGUUGCAUUGGCUUCACGAUCCAAUGCCUAGGCUUUAGUUUAGUGGGCUAAUACACACUUCUGGCGUGCAGGAGGCCCGGGUUCGAACCCGGUCGGUCACAGAGACACAACCACCCUCCAGGUUUCCCUGCGGUGGAUAGGUCAUCAAACUGGAGCUUUGACCAAGAUGGAGAUGGUGGUCCCUCCCUGUGCAUCCUGGGAGAGGAGUUCUUGGGCAGCGUAUUCUGAGGCAUUGUUAGAGAGAUGUGCAGAGUUAACUUGUUAUAGCUAGCUGUGUUUUAGUGUAAUUCCCUCCAAUAGAGUCGAUGUACUGCAGUGACGUUUGUAGCACCCUCAGCAGGUGGUGCCUUAACAUUCUAAAACAAUUAAGAACUCUGAAACGAUAGGAUCUUAAUUAUGAAUUAGCUCCAG